AUGGCUCUUGUGCUGACAGCCAGGCCCCAAAAGGAAUCAGUGACAUUUAAGGAUGUGGCUGUGGAAUUCACCCAAGAGGAGUGGCUACAGUUGAGCCUAUCUCAGAAAAAUUUGUACAGGGAUGUGAUGCUGGAGAAUUAUAGCAACUUGGUGUCUGUGGGAUUUGCAGUUUCUAAACCAGAUGUGAUCUACUAUUUGGAAAGAAAGGAAGGACCUUGGAUCUCAGAGGCAGAUAUUCCUGGAAGCAGCUGUCCAGGGAGCAGAGAAUUUACUGGAGAUAAACCUCCUGAAUAUAAUGAAUGUGGGAAGGCCUGCUGGAGCAAGGAGCAUCUUGCUGUGCAUCAGAAAAUUCACAUUGGAGGGAAACCUUAUGAAUGUAGUGAAUGUGGGAAGGCCUUCAGAAAAAAGACUCAACUAACAAAGCAUCACAAAAUUCAUAGUGGAAAGAAACCUCAUGAAUGCAGUGAAUGUGGAAAGGCCUUCAGAUGUAAGUCUGGACUUACAAUGCAUUACCGAGCUCACACUGGAGAGAAACCUUAUGAAUGUCAUGAAUGUGGAAGGGCCUUCAGAUAUUAUACAGGUUUUAUAACUCAUCAAAAAAUUCAUACUGGAGAGAAACCUUAUGAAUGCAGUGAAUGUGGGAAAGCCUGGAGGUGUAAGAGUCAACUUACAGAGCAUUACAGAAUUCAUACAGGAGAGAAACCUCAUGAAUGUAAUGAAUGUGGGAAGGCCUUCAGAAUUAAGACUGACCUUAGAAGGCAUCACAGAAUUCAUAGUGGAGAGAAACCUUAUGAAUGCAGUGAAUGUGGAAAGGCCUUCGGAUAUAAGACUGGACUUACAGAACAUUACCGAAUUCACACUGAAGAGAAACCUUAUGAAUGCAGUGAAUGUAGGAAGGCCUUCAGGGAUGAGAGUCAACUUACAGAGCAUUACAAAAUACAUACAGGAGAGAAACCUCAUGAAUGUAAUGAAUGUGGGAAGGGCUUCAGAAAAAAGACUCAACUAACAAAGCAUCACAAAAUUCAUAGUGGAAAGAAACCUCAUGAAUGCAGUGAAUGUGGAAAGGCCUUCAGAGAUAAAUCUGGACUUACAACGCAUUACCGAAUUCACACUGGAGAGAAACCUUAUGAAUGUCAUGAAUGUGGAAGGGCCUUCAGAUGUAAUACAGGUUUUAUAACUCAUCAAAGAAUUCAUACUGGAGAGAAACCUUAUGAAUGUAGUGAAUGUGGGAAGGCCUUCAGGAGAAAGGCUCGCCUUACUGUACAUCAGAGAAUUCAUUCCGGAAAGAAACCUUAA